AUUUUAGGCUGGUUCAUUAAAGGCAAGCUCUUACCCAAGUGAUAGAGCAACCGCUGUAUUGCACUACUUCUCCUCUCAUCCGUUGUCGCCUAUCAUCUUUCUUUAGACCGCCAUGACCAUUCGAGCGACCAAGUUCACGCCAAAAGUACUCCUCAGCGCUCCACGGAGAUCUUCAGGGGUGCCAAACACAGACGGCUCUAGGAUUCUGUACUCGGUAUCCACGUAUUCAUUCGCAGACCACUCGAGAAAGACGGAGAUUCGAGUGCUCGAUGUUUCGACUCAGACUUCAGGGCUUAUCACAGACGCCAGCGGUGCCAGCGAGCCCAAUUGGCUCGGUGAUGACCAUGUUCUUGUCUUGGUGCCAGGCGAUGCGGGAACGACAAAGCUGGUAGCUGGAAAUGUGGACAACUUUGAAAAUAGCAGCUACGAAGCGGGCGUCAUCGAGUCGGGCGCUAGCAACCUCAAACUGGUAUCUCUAGGAGAUAGCAAAUUCGCCGUCGCAGUGACAGCCGAGGCCAAUCCUAAGGGUGAGCUGCACAAUCCAUCUACUGCACCAAAGUCGCUGUCAUCGGGCAAGCUCUACAAGUCUCUCUUCGUGAGGCACUGGGACCAGUAUGUCACGAAGAACCGCAACUCCAUCUGGUUGGGCACGAUCUCGAAAUCAACAUCGGAAUCAAACAGCCAUGCAAGAUAUAAACUAUCGCCUUUGGUCAAUGCCCUAGCUGGUACUGGCUUGGAGUCUCCUAUCCCACCAUUCGGCGGCAGUGAUCACUUCGAUAUAAGCCCUAAAGGAUUGAUUUUCGCCGCGAAAGACCCAGAGCUGAAUCCAGCGACACAUACCAAAGUCAAUGUCUACUUGGUCGAAGUUCCAGACUUUGACAAGCUGACCGAUUCGAAGCCGAAGAAAGUGGAAGUAUUCGGGUUUGAAGGGGCCAGCACUUCAACAGUUCUUUCUCCCGAUGGAAAGCAGGCGGCCUUCCUUUCAAUGCGCAAGGAUGGUUACGAAGCUGAUAAGAAUCAGCUCUUCGUCAUUCCUGACGUUAGGCGGCCGUCGUGGGUAAUCCACGCUUAUGCCUCAGAAGACGGCAAGGGGAGCUGGCCUCUCAGUCCCGGAGGUAUCUCAUGGAGUGCGGAUAGCAAGACGUUGUAUUUGUUGGCCGAGGAGAAAGGACGAGUCUGUCUGUUUCAAGCCACCGCCGACGCCAAGGCACUUCCAGAGCUGAUUAUGACUGGUGGUGCUAUUAGUGAUAUUCGCCCAUUGGCGACGGGAGACGUCUUUGUAUCGUCGAAUAGUCUGAUCGAUAACAGCACAUACUAUCUCACCAACCGCUCCCGGAACCACACCGUGCUAUCAUCCAACUCCCGCGAUGGUGCCAUGUUCGGUCUCUCCCACAAACAAAUUAGGGAGACUUCUUGGCCUGGAGCAGCACCCGGCACCCAAGUGCACGCAUGGGUAGUUGUACCGUCUACCUUCAACGCAGAAGAGAAAUAUCCACUGGCGUACCUGAUCCAUGGCGGGCCCCAAGGAUCUUGGCUAGAUAGUUGGAGCACCCGAUGGAAUCCAGUCGUUUUUGCUGAGCAAGGCUAUGUCGUCGUUUGCCCUAAUCCUACAGGGAGCACAGGAUAUGGACAAGAUUUCACAGACGCGAUCCAGGAUCAAUGGGGAGGGCUUCCGUAUCGAGAUAUUGCCAAAGGCUUUGACUGGAUUGAGGAGAAAAUAAGCUUUGUAGAUACGUCUCGAGCCGUGGCUCUUGGUGCAUCUUAUGGAGGCUAUAUGAUGAAUUGGGUGCAAGGCCAAGAGCUAGGACGAAAGUUCAAAGCCCUCGUCACUCACGAUGGAGUCUUCAGUAUGGCAGGGCAAAUGGGAAGCGAAGAGUUGUACUUUCCUUUCCACGAAUUCAAGGGCAGCCUCUGGACCAACCGGGAGAGCUGGCUCAAGUGGGACCCAUCAAGGUUCACGGAGAAUUGGGCUACACCACACCUCAUCGUUCACAGCGAGCUGGACUACCGUCUCACCAUUAGCGAAGGGCUGGCUGCCUUUAAUACUCUUCAGGUGAAGGGUAUUGAGAGUCAGUUCCUCACUUUCCCAGACGAGAACCAUUGGGUGUUGAAGCCGGAGAACUCUUUACUCUGGCACACCGUUGUGCUGGAUUGGAUCAAUGAGCACGUUGGACUGCCAUCGUACUCGAGUACUAGCAAAAGCGAAGACAUCAAAAGUGAUGCAUUGGUGGAAGGAGUUCAGGGCUUGAGUCUGUAGCGACUCAUUCUUCUCGUUCAAAAAAUUUAGCAUAAUUCGGGCGACCUAGGGCUUGUCAGAAGUAAAAAAGGAUAAUAGUUCUCUCAUCAAUCUAAGCUUCGACUCAAUUGCAG